CAUUUCAUAUGUAUCCUUUCUAUUUCAAUUCUCUCCCUAAAAAAAACAAACCAAAUUAACCUUAACUUUUUCUUCUUUUUCUGUCUUUUAAAAAUGGAUACAAGUUGGACAGAUGAUCAAACCACAACUAGUGAAACAAUAUCCUCCACAGUUUCCCCACCGUUGACCACCAUACCGAUGGUGGAAGAGGCACAAUCUAAAAAGCUACCAUCCUCUAGAUUCAAAGGCGUUGUCCCACAACCCAACGGUCGUUGGGGAGCUCAGAUAUAUGAGAAACAUCAAAGAGUUUGGCUUGGUACUUUCAACGAGGAAGACGAAGCUGCCAAGGCGUACGAUAUAGCCGUGCAACGCUUUCGUGGCAAAGAUGCGGUCACAAACUUUAAAGAGAUUGUAAGUACUGACCAUAAAGAAGCCAUUAUGGAAGCAAACUUUUUGAGUUGUCAUUCAAAAGCGGAAAUUGUUGAUAUGUUGAGAAAACACACAUACAAUGAUGAGUUGGAACAAAGUAAAAGAAACCAUAGCUUACAUAAAACCAAUAUUUCCCGAACCGAGUUUGAUCAUUCUGCUGGUCAAGGUGGUUCGGGAAAACAACGUGAACAACUUUUCCAAAAAGUUGUCACCCCUAGUGACGUUGGAAAACUGAACCGGCUGGUGAUUCCAAAGCAACACGCUGAGAAACACUUCCCGGUUCAGAAAGGAAAUAAUUCAAAAGGUGUAUUGUUACAUUUUGAAGAUCGUAACUCAAAAGUAUGGCGGUUUCGUUACUCGUAUUGGAAUAGUAGCCAAAGUUAUGUUCUAACAAAAGGUUGGAGCCGGUUCGUGAAAGAGAAAAGGUUAAAAGCCGGUGAUAGUGUUAGUUUUCAUAGUUCAAUUAGUACUGGACCGGAUCAAGAUAAGCAGCUUUACAUAGACUGGAGUUCAAAAACCGGGACUGAUGAUACGAACUCAGUGGCCGUGAAGCUUGUCGAACCGGUUCAGAUGUUUCGGUUAUUUGGUGUUAACAUUUCUAGUGUAAGUAGUUGUAAUGGCAAGAGAAGUACUAACAGUGAAAUGGAUUUAUUAUUAGGGUUUCAGAAUUGUAAGAAACAAAGAAUUAUCAAUGUUUCAUAACAUUUAGUUUUUGUUAUUUUGAAAUAAUUAAUAUAUAUAUUAAUUGUGCAUUA